CCAACCUGCUCUGGUCUCUCAGUCAGCCGCACUCCCGACAGUGUUGCGCAUUCACGCCUUUUUAUAAUUCAAAAUCUAGGUGCGCGCCACGCAACUGGGAUAUUUGAUUUCGCUGCUUCGCACGGAAAUCAACGGCUUCCGUUUAAUUCUGUGACCGAUUUCGGACGCAUGUGACAAUUAGUGAGACGGACGUGUGCGUCAACAAGUUACAACUGACAGUUCGAAGGAUUUUCAGUGAUUGAGUUCUGUGACUGCUGUCAACGAUCCUUAUUAUCGAUGAUUGGUGUCAUAGAAUUGCUGUAAAGUCAACAAUUACCGGUGAAAACUACGCAUUUGUGACCGUUUAUUCGAGUGUUGUGCGUGAGUUAACAUCUUCACUCUGAGAAGGUACAAUUUUGAUAGCUGUUAGUUGUUUUUCGUUGUUUUCGAGUAUUUAGAAAUUGACAUUGUUCAAUCGAGAUACGUAGAUGUGCCAGCAGGUGUCCGCCGGCUCGAAAAAACUGUCAUUCGACUGGUGAAAAGUGAUAUAUGCUUUAGGCGGAAAGACAAUGGCCACAGAUAUGUUGACCGAUAACGAAGUACCGCAUCGAAUGGAAGAGAAGAAGGAGAAAAGAGGAACCAAACGGAAGAAUGCUAACGGCGCGAAGAGCGGCAAGUCUGGUAAAAAUGGCGAGCAGAAUAACAAUAUGAAAAGACAGAGGUUCUCGGCAGACAGCAAGGACGAUAUGUUGGCGGCUUAUCAGCCGUGGGUGAUACAGACAUACGGUGACUUAGCAAAGACCAAGACCAUUACGUUGAAGAAAUACGCGAGGAUCUUGAGAACGUUGCGAGGCGAGGAAGUGGUGAGUGCGGAUAAUAGCAAGUUCAGGUUUUGGGUGAAAGCCAAGGGUUUCCACGUCGGAAGGCCUGCGGGUUAUGAUGCGAAGCCUGCAGACUCGAUAGUCGGACGUUUUAGUGUUUGUGAUAUAGACGAGGGCAUCCCUCCAAUCUCGGAUAAAAUGACGGGUUCAGCGAGGGAUCCGCCGCUCUACGUGCCCAAUGCCCCCUUUAAGAACUCAACUGGAGAUCCUGUUUACCGAAAAGUUGCGGUGGUUGAGAACUUCUUCGAUAUCAUCUAUAACGUCCACGUGGAACUUGAAGGACGGCCUGGAAAACAUGCCGGACAGAAGAGAACCUACAGAACGAUAACCGAGACAUAUGCAUUCCUGCCGCGAGAAGCUGUCACACGUUUCCUUUUGGGAUGUACGGAAUGUCAGAAGCACCCGCGAUCCCCCUCCCCCACGUCAGUCCUGCCAACCCCCAGCCCGAGCCCCACGCUGCCUCUGGUGCACUCCACGCCGCAGCCUUUGACGAUCACAGCUCCCCCCAUAGUGGUUGUGCACAAUACCCAAGGAUCGGAAUUAACGUAUCUGGAUCUGAGCAAAUCCUGUCGAACAUCGUCGAGCCUACUCGACAAUUCAUCUUCCGAUAGAAGCCUGGAUAUAUCGCAGAAAAAUCUCAACUUGAGCCAGACACCACAGUACGUCGAAAAACCCUCCCACAAUUUCUCUGAGACGAAGAAAUCUAGCAAUCCCCUAGACGUUUGCAACCUAACCUCCAAAGAUCCACCGAAAAGCCCGCCAAAGCUGAAGGAGGUCAAGUCUGAGGCUUCCAAACCCAACACUUCGCCGAAGCUGUGGUCGCCUGUACAGAGCAUCAAGAAAGAACGGGAUCAUGCUGAGAAUAUGCUGAUGCCCGGAGAAAUUGAUUACAGUAUGCCCAUCACAACAACUUACCUGAAGUAUAUGAGGAGUUUGGGUUGCAGCGAUGAGGAUGCGUUGAAGUUCGAGAACAGAAACGAAAAUUUACCAAAUCCGGAAUCCAUGGAAGCGAACGACGAGGAUCAGUUUUUAGGAGGUGGCUCGAUGAAAGAUACGGACAAACUCAAGCUGAUGCUCUUGGCAUGGAACUACCACAAUCAAUCACAAGGAAACAGGAACUGCAACUCGGAUGUGGAUCUAUCCAGCGUAACAGGAAAUGAAGAAAUGGCCGGGCUUUGGGCGCAAUACCAAUCAGCUUUAGGGGGAUUCGCGAAAGGAAAGGCGACACCACCAAGUACAAGAGAUCAAUCUAGUCCAGUAAAUGCUGAAACAGGUUCAGCUCAUGAUGAAACUAGUUCUAGUGGAAAUAAGGAAGAUGAAGACGAUGAUGAUGAUGAGAGUGAUGACAAAAUUGACACACAAACUCAUGAUCCAGAAAGACUCAAAGCCUUCAAUAUGUUCGUUAGAUUAUUUGUAGAUGAAAAUUUAGAUCGAAUGGUGCCAAUUAGUAAACAACCCAAAGAAAAAAUACAGGCGAUCAUCGAUUCGUGUACGAGGCAGUUCCCAGAAUUCGCUGAAAGGGCAAGGAAAAGGAUCCGGACAUACCUCAAAUCUUGUAGGAGAAACAAAAGAGCCAGAGAUCCGAACUCUUCCUGGGAUGCUACACGCCCUACACCUGCACAUCUUACUUCAGUACAAGCAGAACAAAUUCUAGCUACAGCCUGUGAAAAUGAAAGUCAUAAUGCUAAGAGAAUGAGAUUAGGACUUGAGCCAGUAAGUCAGCCAAUGCCAAUAUUACCUGGGACACAGCCUACUGAUACAACUGCUCCCAUCAAUAGAGGUUUAGAUUUUUCUAGUAGUAAUUCUGUGAAAUUAGAGGUAGAACCUGGAAUGAAUGUAUUUCCUUCUUCCACGACGCCAUCUAGUACGCCAAAUACCAUAAGUAAAAGUAUGUCCAUCACAUCUGAUAUAAAGACUUCUUUAAGUGCAACUAAUGUUAGUGGUUUGGGAGCUAGCAAUAUGAAUGGAAUUGGAAUUUCUAGUACUGCAGGAUCACUUUCCACAGCCAUGUAUAGACCCAACUUUACUCAGGCCUUCCAAAGGGCAGGACCCUAUCCACUGUUUCCUGGUGCUUCAUCAUUCUCAUCAGCUGGAGCUAGUCUUCUUACCAAUGGUCCCACAGAUUUGAGCAUGAAACAAAAACCUCUUAUCAACCACAAGUUGAGUACAGGUGAGAUGGCAGCAGUCAGACAACUUAUUACUGGAUACAGAGAAUCAGCAGCAUUUCUCUUGAGAUCAGCUGACGAAUUGGAGCAGUUACUUGUACAACAGCAGUAAUAUAGUUCAAAACAAUUCAAUUCGUUAUAAAGGCCUCAUUUUUCUAGUACCUCAGGUAAUUCCAUUAACAUCUAUCUAUUCAGAAUACCUAUUCAUAUUACCUGCUAUAAAGUUAUAAGAGAAAAUUUGAAAUUAAGAGGAUGAAAGAUUUCUUCAGAUCCAUUCAUAUGCCAAAUAUUGAUGUCUCUAUUCAUUUUCUUCAAAUUGUGAUUCUUCAAAUCAAAAAUAUUUUUUGCGCUGUACAUGCUUCGGUUAUACUAUUGAAUAUAUAAAAUUAUUAUUUUCGCUAUAAAUAUCCAACUUACAACAUAAUCAGCAUAGUUACUAUGCUUGUAUAAAUUUUCCGAACAGUGAAGUGCAUAAAAACUAAAGAGAUAUAGUGUAAAAUACCUUUACUAGCUUGAAAAAUGUGUGAACCAAGACUUGAACUGUAAAAUUUAAUUAUAGGCUGUUUUCCAAUAAUAUUAAUCACAAUCAGCACUGAGUGAAUGUGAGCACCUUGACUUCUCAUUGCAUUAUAAAUAAUAUAAAUAAAGGACUGUUAUGUAAACAAUGUAAAUAUUAUAAUUGUAAAAUUCAGUUUCAAUUUCGAUUUCAAAAUUUUGAAUAUACUGAUUUCUAUGUACAAAAAUGUUUCCUAGAAAGGUGAAAAAUGUCUAUUUAUUAAAGUUGACUAACUAUACAACUAUACAGGGGAAAUUAUUAUAUUUGAUAUAAAUGUUGAGAAUUUAUUGUAUGAAUUGUGUAGUACCAAAGAAAAUGUAUAAAAUAAUCUUUCUAGAGCUCUCCCAUGGUUUGUAAUUAUAUAUAAAAUAGGUAAAUGACUUCUUUUUCCAUAUAAAUGUCCUGAAGUGAACUAUCCUCCAAAAAUGAUAUAAAACAUGAUCAAUCUUUCUCUCACUUAUAUUUUUUCAAUUUUCACCUAAGCUGUCAAAUAGCUUAGAUCUUAAUUUAUAAAUGGAAACGAAAUAAAUAUUCUUCAUUCUGAAGUUGUUGUUAUAUAUCAAAAUUUGGUGAAGAAUAUUGAUUGAUGUUUCAAACACCCUAAUUUAUUUAUUUCAAAUGGAUUAAAAUUUUAUUUAUAUAUAUUCUCGUUACAUAAAACUUAUAUUCUAAUUAUUUUUUUCGAAUAAAUUUUUCUGUGAUCGUUAUUAGAUGUGUAGAUAAAAGGAAGAAUGAAGAUCUUAAAAGUUUCCGUAAUCUAUGUAUCCAUUUUGUGUAAUUUCCUGACAUUCCAAAUAUAUUUCUGGAUGUAUAUACUUAAAUUGUACUUUGAUCUGAAUCACUGCCAGACCUUCAUGUAUUAAUAAAUACUGUCCACAAUUCA